AUGUGUGGGAUCUGCUGUGUCGUGAGUUUGUCUUUGUCUCGCUGUUCACUUCACGAUCAUGUCUACGAAACCCUGCAUCGUCGAGGACCCGAUCGCAGCCGGGACGUCACGGCGAGUUCCUCGAAUCCAGAGUACAGUUGCCUUUUCUCUGCUCACGUUCUCCACAUGAGAGGAAGUCCGACUCCGCAGCCUCUGCAAGAUGACCACGGGAAUCUCCUGCUCUGGAACGGCGAGGUCUUUGGAGGUUUGGCGGUGGAACCUGAAGAAAACGAUACCCAAGUUGUUCUCAGUCGUUUGUCAGCGUGUAAAAGUCCCUCGGCUGUGUUGUCCGUCCUGGGUCAGGUUAAAGGUCCGUGGGCGAUUAUUUAUUACCAGAAAGAGGAACAUUGCGUCUGGUUUGGAAGAGACUUUUUUGGGAGAAGAAGCUUGCUCUGGAGUUGGGGGGCGGACGAGAGAUCCUUUACGCUGACGUCCGUAUCUUCUCACUCGUCGGAUCUCAGGUGUUUAGAGGUUCCAGCAGUCGGUGUUUACAGAGUGGACUUGAAGAGCUGGACAGAGAGGGAAAGUCUGAAAGUCGAUGUUUAUUCCUGGGAGCUCACUGAUUCGGACUUUACCUGGGAAGGUUUCCCCAGUUCCGUCUCCUUUGUCCUGAACCAUUCUGGACUGUCAUCUCCAGUUCUCCCCAUGAACAUGUCCGUAACUGAAGUGGAACCAAAUUCUUGCAAUUCCAGUCACACAUCACUGGAUGAUCUUAAAGAGCUUCUAAAAAGCACCGGGAAGCGAGAAACAGUCCGUCGUCUCAUAGACGUCCUCGGUGAGGCUGUGCGCAGGAGGGUGCAGCACCUUCCCCAUCAAUCCCACCCCCAUCAAGCACAAGUCGCAAUACUUUUUUCUGGAGGAAUCGAUUCCAUGAUCCUGGCUGUUCUUGCCGAUCGCUACAUACCUCCGGACAGAUCCAUCGACCUCCUCAACGUGGCUUUUAAACUCCAGGAACCGAAGAAGAAUCGGGGCUCGGGGAAGAAAGGCCAAAACAAUAAAAAAGAGCGUGAAACUCACGCCGUCACGACAUCACUGCAAACGCAUUUCGACGUUCCGGAUAGAAUCACAGGUCGGGACGGAUUGCGGGAACUCACAGCUCUCAGUCCUGGGCGGAAAUGGAACUUCGUCGAGAUCAACGUUACCCAAGAGGAGCUUAAGGAAAUGAGAAUGAAGAACAUCUGCCACCUGGUGUAUCCAUUAGACACCGUCCUGGACGACAGUAUCGGAUGCGCCGUGUGGUUUGCAGCCAGAGGAAGCGGCUUGGUUUCGGAGGGAGAGGCAGCACAGAGGCAGCACAACUCCACUGCAAAGGUCGUUCUGACGGGCAUCGGGGCAGACGAGCAGCUAGCUGGCUACUCCAGACACAGAGUGCGCUUCAAAACCUCAGGUCUCCAGGGACUGGUCAAGGAACUGGCUAUGGAACUGGGCAGAAUUUCCUCCAGGAAUCUCGGACGAGACGAUCGGAUUAUCGCGGAUCACGGAAAAGAAGCCAGGUUCCCGUACUUGGACGAGGACGUGGUGAGUUUCCUGAACACGCUGCCGGUUUGGGAGAAAGCAGAUCUGUCUCUGCCUCGAGGACUGGGAGAGAAGCUCCUCCUGAGGCUGGCAGCUGCGGAGCUCGGACUCGGACCUUCCGCCGUACUGCCCAAGAGAGCCAUGCAGUUCGGUUCUCGAAUAGCCAAGCUGGAGAACAGCCGCGAGAAGGCUUCAGAAAAGUGCAGCAGACUGAUCGCCAGUUAGAGCAGGGAUUUUUAUUUUGUUUUAUUCUUCUAAUCACAGAGGCAGUGGAUCUGAACGUCUUGACACGCGUCCCUGUGGGUUUGAAUACUAGAUUAAAUAAAGGACUGGAUUUUUAAGUUGUUCUUUGAAGUAUCUGUCGCACUCGGUGUAUGAUGCCAGGUUUCCCACAUCGAAGCGUCCAGAAAUCUCAUGCACGUACACCGGCCUCCUAAAAUAAAAACAAAACCAAGACAUGACAAAACACAGCGUCCAUGACACUUUAGCUUUAUAAUUCAAGUGAAUUACCUUGCUAUAAGCCAUGACAGGAAGUUCCCUGGUGCAUCUCUCUCCUCCAGUGGCCGUGUCUGUAACCAAGAGGGUUGAAGCUUGCAGUUAGGACGGUGUAUUUACUUAUACCACAGCGCCCCUGAAUCCUCAAUUCUGAUUGGUCAAAAAGCGUUGAUUAAUUUUCCAUAAGGUCAGCUCUGACAAUUAUGGUGUUGCUGUUCUCUUAGUGUUUCUAUAACAACAUAGUUUUCUGUGAAGGAUGUUUAAUGAACAUGAAAAAAAUCUCCAGGUUUAGAUUUUUGGUCAGGAUUGAGUACAUUAGAGAGAAAGAAAAGAGGCUGCUGAGGGAAAGACUGUUUAUCACUGCUAUAACAUAACCAUAAAUGGAAAAAGAAUGACGUUUUCUCUUAAUAAACAACAACGACAAUCAUUCUCGCUGGACAUUUUUAGGAAAAUAAUCAAUUUCCAAGUGGAAACAGUAAGUCUGCUUCACUGUUAUACUACAUCUUCAGUUUUCCUCUUGGGUGUUUAAUGAACAAAUGAGCAAUGUUACUUUUUAAUAUUUUGUAAAGUUGAGAAAACUGAGAAAUCUCCAGUACCUCCUUCUCCUUCAGGAAGACGUCCAGCAGAGGAAGUGUUGUUCUUGAGAACAAGUAAAAACAGGGACACUGGAAGAAAACACGACAGAAUAAGUCCUCUGUGUGUUUACACGUAGUUGUAGAGACACGUGACUGAUUCGUAGUGUUGUGUGUCAUUCGUACGGCACUGCGUGAGUGUGUCUCAGACGGCAGAGGCUUUUCUUUCAUACGCUGCACCCGAUAGUCUGAAUCCACCUCCAGGAUGCCGUAUUUUGCCGUUUCUGCAAAGGGAAGCGAUUCUGUGCUUUAAUGUAGCAGAGAGAAGCCAGAUAUCAAAACGUAACAUUUACACCUGCAUGUAGAAUUGAAUUUGGGAUUAAAGUUAAAAAUAAAAUAAAAGCUUCACACUUUCCUGAAGAAAAGUAUCUUAUUUUAUUAAAUGGGAAUGUUUCCUCCCUUUUUUGACAUCAGGGAUUAAUGGUGCUCACCCUCGUCCUUGCAUUUAUAUGUGAGCACCAAGUUGGCGUCUUCAGUUUUCCUCUGCAGCUCAGCAAAAUACUCUGUAAACUUCCUGAGACUGAAGUCCUCUUUAAACAGCGUGUCACUGGAGAAAAACACAGCACUCGAACAUCAGGGUUCAUUAAAUUCAUCCUGGGCUAAAUAAACACUAUAUUGCCAAAAGUUUUGGGACGUCUGCCUUUACAUGCACAUGAAUGUAAUAUGGUGUUGUCCCGCCCUUUGCAGCUAUAACAGCUUCAGCUCUUCUGGGAAGGCUUUCCACAAGGUUGAGGAGUGUGUUUAUGGGAAUUUUUGACCAUUCCUUAACAAGCGCAUUUGUGAGGUCAGGCACUGAUGUUGGACGAGAAGGUCUGUCUCGCAGUCUCUGCUCUAAUUCAUCCCAAAGGUGUUCUAUGGGGUUGAGGUCAGGACUCUGUGCAGGCCAGUCAAUUUCCUCCACACCAAACUCGCUUAUCCAUGCCUUUAUGGACCUUGCUUUGUCCACUGGUGUGCGGUCACGUUGGAACAGGAAGGGGUCAUCCCUAAACUGUUCCCACAAAGUUGGGAGCAUGAAAUUGUCCAAAAUGUCUCGGUCUGAAGCUGAAGCAUUAAGAGUUCCUUUCAUUGGAGCUAAGGGGCCGAGCCCAACCCCUGAAUUUGGAAGGGUGUCCCAAAACUUUUGGCAAUAUAGUGUAGCUGUCUAAUUUAAAAAACACUCUUAAUACACUUGUUUCUUUUAGUCCCAGCGUUUUUUUAAAGUCUAAGAUCGGCUGGUACUGAGAGUAGGACCCAAGGUUUCCCAUUAGAACAUCUCCCAGAGCAUCACACUGCCUCCACCUUGGCUUGUCUUGUCUAGUGCAUCCUGGUGCAAUCUCUUCCUCAGGAAAAUGACACAUGCACCAAAAUGUAAACCAUCACCAGACCUCCUUGUUGCACUGCUCCAUGGUUCUGCAUGUUCAGCAUGGGCACUCUGACCAGGUCUCGCACAUCCUUAACAAAAUCGCAAAGAUUCUUACACUUGUCCAUUUUUCAACAAGUCAAGUUCAAGAACUGAAGAAUAAUUAUAUAUCCCAGCCCUGACAGGUGCCAGAGUAAACAGAUAAUUAAUGCUAUUCACAUCACCUUCUCAGUGGUUUUAAUGUUAUGGCUGAUCUUUGAUGUCUUUAUAUUUGUUAAAAUGUAUAAUCAUCUCUCGGGGUACAAACAAGAUCAAGACUGUCUUCAAGCAGCAUCCAAAAACCUCUUCCUGAAAUACUUUACUAGCCCUAGUUUUAGACUACCAUUGAUGUAUUUCAUUGACAGAGACUUUCUGUAAAUAACUCGGGAUGAAAGCAUCAACCAAAUGCUGUAAUUUUCCCAGACUGUAAAGAUAAUAAAGCAUAAGGAAGUAUGAUUAACAAACAGUAUGUCUAAAGAUGUCUUAAACUUUGUGCGAUUUCCUCAUGAUUUGAUUGAGUUUUUUGGAUAUUUAUUUGCCGCAGCAAUAAUCUGAUGUGUAAUCAUAUAGUAGCUCAUAUUCAAUGAAAUA